UUCGUAGUCUUAUGUUCUAAUUUUUGUCGCUAGAUGUCCUCCUUCUUAAUCGCAACUUAAAAUUUUUUAUGUUGCAGCUAAAUCGGUUGUAAAAUGUUUCAGAAUUUUGCAGCGUGUAGAGCAAGCCUUAUUGGCAUUUCGAGAUCUGCGAGAUCUAAAAAGAAAUUUUCUAAAGAUCAUACAAUUAUAAGGUCUUACAAUGCCUUCGUACCAUCACAGUUACCUCAUAUUAGAAAUAUACAAGGUUUAUCAAUUAAAUUAUAUUCUAAUCCAGCAAGGAGACCUAGUUUUUUUACUCAGUUUCUGGAGAACAUCAAGCAGGAAAUGCAAAAGAGUAAAGAGAUGAAAGAAUCUUUAAAAAAGUUUAGAGAAGAAGCGGAAAAACUUGAACAAUCAGAAGCAUUACGUUCUGCAAGACAAAAGUUUCAAGCAGUUGAAUCCGAAGCCACCAAAAGUUCUGAAGUUAUUAAAGAAAAAUUAGGAUCUUUGAAAGGAAAAGUACAAGAAGUUAUUGAAGAAGCAAGUAAGUCAGAAUUAGGUAAAAAGGCUGGGCAAUUAGGUGAAGAACUGACAAAAUCUGCAAGAGAAGCAGCAGAAACAAUUUCUGAGAAAAGUCAAGCACUGGGUAAAACAAGUGCAUUUCAAACAAUAUCACAAACUGCAGAAGCUGUGCGAGAAGAACUAGAUCAACAAGGAAUGCAUGGAAGAGUAUAUGUUCCACCUAAAAAAUUAAGAAAAAGGAAGGAUGUGAUGGAAGCUGUAGAUAUCAAACAGGUGCAACCAAACGAGGAAGCCACAGGUGUUGAAUUACAUAAAGACUCUAAAUUUUAUCAGUCAUGGCAAAAUUUUAAGGAUAAAAAUCCAUAUCUAAAUAAAGUUUUGGACUGGAAAAUAAAAUAUGAUGAAUCAGAUAAUCCCCUAAUUCGUGCUUCCAGAAUGUUAACAGAGAAAGUAACAGAUAUAAUGGGUGGACUGUUUCAGAAGACUGAUCUCUCAAAAACACUAACAGAGAUAUGUAAAUUAGAUCCUACUUUUGAUAAAGCACAGUUCUUGAAAUUCUGUGAAACAGAUAUUAUUCCUAACAUUCUUGAAGCUAUGAUAAGAGGAGAUCUCGAGAUUUUAAAAGACUGGUGCCACGAAGCUCCUUAUAAUGUAUUAGCACAACCAUUAAUGCAAGUAGGAAAACUGGGAUAUCGUUUAGACAAUAAAAUUUUAGAUAUCAACAAUGUAGACUUAAUAAUGGGUAAAGUGAUGGAACAGGGCCCAGUUUUAAUAAUCAGUUUUCAGUGUCAACAAAUUAUGUGCUUGAGAGAUGCUAAAAAUAAAAUUGUGGAGGGAGAUCCAGACAAAGUAAUGCGCGUUACUUACAUUUGGGUAUUGUGUCGUGAUCCUACAGAACUUAAUCCGAAAGCAGCUUGGCGCUUGCUUGAUCUUAGUGCCACUAGUACACAGCAAUUUGUGUAGUGUAUAGUUUAGGUAUGAAUUUAGUUAAUGCUGCGAAAAAUUAAUGUGAUUGCGUGACUGGAUAAUAAGUGAAAAGUGUCAUGUUUCCUUAACACUUUCAAUCGAAUUGAAAAAGCUAUCGUUAGGAUUCACAACUUGUAUAUUAGUCCAUCGAUGAUGGAUAUUAACUUCUGUGACUUGAAUUGGACAGUGAUGUUUGAUGUACGGUUUGAGCUACAGAAGUUUUGUAAAAUCUGCAGAAUGUCUUAAUCUAUACAUAAAAGUAGUAAAUAAAAGUAAGAUACAUUAUCGAUGCUCAUUAAAACAGAGAAAUUUA